AUGGCAAAGAGCAAAGACGGUUCGCUACUAAACCGGUUGAGACAAGCUGUGAAUAAAGUGAGAUUCGUGUUAAAUUUCAAGAUAAACAGCCUAUGGGGUCUCGUGCCGAUGCUUGGGUCUUCCUCUUCUUCUUCGUCUCUUCGGUUUAGUUUUAAUGAUAGACUCGGUUUAGCAGCUGCUUGUACGGAGGAGAAUGAACCGGACUCAACCGGUUCUUCAAGAGGAGCGUUGUAUAGAGCCGGGAGCUAUGAUCCAUCUUCAGACGAAGACAUAGACAACAAAGCUGAGAUGUUCAUAGCUAAUUUCUACAAGCAGCUUAAGAUUGAGAGACAAAUCUCUUUGGAACUUAAAUAUUGCUUGGGUAAUAAUCAGAGUUUCAACUACAGGUCGCCUUAG